UACGCCUCUGGCCUCAACCGUGUUGCUCUAACCCCGAAGAGAGUCCUCGCGAAACUAAUAAAAGAGCUCAGAGAGAGACGGGGAGGAAGUCUUUAGUGUGUGUGUGUGUGUGGGUGUGACAUUAACAUGUGCCCUACGAAUCAAAAACAUAGAAUCUCCGGAGAACUAUGCUCCCUAUCCGGCGAGUCCAUAACCACCGCCACUCCCACGGAAUGGAUAUCGGAGUCCAUCAGCGGGGGAUCAUUGCGCAACGUCGACCUCCACACAGGAACCAACGGCUGGGCCUCACCUCCGGGCGACCUUUUCUCCCUCCGCUCCAAGAACUACUUCACAAAACGUACCAAAACCCCCUCCGGCGAGUACCUACUCUCCCCAGCCGGAAUGGAUUGGCUGAAGUCGACUACCAAACUCGACAACGUACUCGCCCGUUCCGACAACCGCGUGUCCCACGCUCUCGGCAAGGCCCACGCCCUGGGCAAAUCCCUAAAGAGCUUCAUUUUCGCUGUCAACCUGCAAGUCCCCGGGAAGGACCACCACAGCGCCGUUUUCUACUUCGCCACGGAGGAUCCUAUCCCCUCCGGUUCUCUUCUGUACCGGUUCGUUAAUGGUGACGACUCGUUCCGGAACCAGCGGUUCAAGAUCGUGAACCGGAUCGUGAAGGGCCCGUGGAUCGUGAAGAAGGCGGUGGGGAAUUACGGUGCGUGUCUGUUAGGCAAGGCUCUGACGUGUAAUUAUCACCGAGGAUCUAACUACUUGGAAAUCGACGUGGACAUUGGGAGCUCAGCGAUAGCCAGCGCGAUUCUGCACCUCGCAUUGGGGUAUGUAACGAGCGUGACCAUAGACAUGGGGUUCGUGGUGGAGGCGCAGGCAGAGGACGAGUUGCCCGAGAGGCUGAUCGGUGCGGUUAGGGUUUGCCAGAUGGAAAUGUCGUCGGCUAAGGUGGUGGACGCGCACACGGUGGCGCGUGGGAUGGGAUUUUCUAAGGUGAACCACGGGGACUCAGGCGACGGUGAGCAUGAAUGAAGAUGACGAUGAGAAUCCCUAAUUAAUGGAGAUUUUAGUGUUAAUUUAUUUUUAGAAUAUGUAAUAUUAGUCCCCUUUUGUUUUAAUUUUGAAGAUGGGGGAAUCGGUGCCGGUGGUAUAUUUAUAGAGAAUAAUAACAUGUCGUUAACAACAACUGGCUGUUUGCGAGGGUGGCGUUUGCUUCUUCCUAAGAAAUGCAGUUAUUUUGGUAUAAUAUUAGAAUAGUCAUCUGGAGCUUUUUAGGUGGGAGCGCUUGUGAGAGUUGAUGAUAAACUUUUGAUGGGCGGCGGUUAGUGACAGAGUGGGGACGAACACUGCAAAGAUUUUGGUGGGGGCUCCCUUUUUAUGUUUAAGUGGAUGCCAAAUUCUAUUUCAGAGAGUGAUAUUACAAGCUACACAGUGAUGUGAGAAAGUUCAUGUACCUGAAAUAGAUUUCCAAAUCGAAUAUAAUACAUGAAUGUUACCAUCGCAUCUUUCUUCUCUCUUA